AUGGCUUCCACCGACACCGUUAAGCUCGCGGAUUAUCUGCUCACUCGCCUACUUCAGCUAGGUGUCCAGUCUGUCUUUGGUGUCCCAGGUGACUACAACUUGCGCUUGCUGGACUUUGUUGUUCCCGCUGGUCUGCACUGGGUGGGGAACUGCAAUGAGCUUAAUGCCGCAUACGCAGCAGAUGGAUACGCUCGGAUCAAUGGCUUGUCUGCUCUGAUCACUACAUUCGGUGUUGGAGAGCUGUCUGCUGCCAAUGGUAUCGCCGGCGCUUAUGCUGAAAGGUCACCUGUCGUUCACAUUGUCGGUACCCCACCGCGACCACUCCAGGACAAUCGCGCAUUGAUGCACCAUACCUUCGCCGAUGGCGAAUACAAGCGCUUUGCUGCUAUGUCAAAGCACAUCACGAUCGCGCAAACCGAGUUGCAAGAUGCCACGACAGCACCAGAGAGAAUCGACUGGAUCUUGCAGCAGGCUCUCAUACACAGCCGCCCCGUCUAUCUCGAGUUUCCCGACGACAUGCCUCAUGUUCUUGUGUCAUCGGCAAAUCUUAAGACCCCAAUUAAAGUCCCAGCUGCCCCCAGCCCUGCAUGUGAAGCUGAGGUUAUUAACCGCAUCCUGGAGCGAAUCUACUCCGCUAAACAGCCCGCUAUCCUGGUAGACGGCGAGAGCAAAGCGCUCGGAAUUGUCGACCAACUCGAUACCCUUAUCAAAUCGACUAAAUUUCCCACUUGGACUUCCGUCUGGGGCAAGGGACUUGUCGAUGAGUCCCACUCCAACGUCUACGGCCUUUACGCCGCAUCAUUCGGCGACAAGCCCGCACAAGAAUAUUUCGAAUCGACCGAUUUAGUCCUUACAUUUGGCCCACACUACAGCGAUACAAACAGCUACUUUGAAAUGGCAGUUCCUAAGCCCGCCGCUGCCAUCACAUUCAGAGAUAGCACUAUCCAAAUCGGAUCAGAUAUCUACCGCGAUAUCUCUCCUCUCAAAGUCCUCACUGCCAUUUUAAACAAACUUGACUCCUCCCGCACAACCACCGCUCAAGGCCCACCCAAACAAGUCAUCACGCUUGAUGAUGUCAAACCUACCGAUCUAGUCGCACAGAAGAACUUCUUCAGACUCGUUAACCCACUCUUCCGCGAAGGCGACAUCAUCCUCGCAGAAACAGGCACAGCAGCCUACGGCGGCCGAAAUUUUAAGCUCCCGUCGAAAUCGCGUCUAUUCACUGCCGUCACCUGGCUAUCAAUUGGCUUUAUGCUUCCCGCUACCCUCGGUACCGCGCUCGCAAAGCGGGAACUGAACAAGCCGUCUGGUGCACGGAACCAAGCGAUCUUGAUCAUCGGUGAUGGCAGUCUCCAGAUGACAGCGCAGGAGAUUAGCGUUAUGAUUAAAGAGAAGUUAGAUAUUCUGAUCAUUAUCAUUAAUAAUGAAGGAUACACUAUUGAGCGAGUUAUUCAUGGAAGGAAGCAGGCAUACAAUGAUGUGCCGUUCUGGAGGAAUACGAAGGCGCUCGAAUACUUUGGAGCGGAUGAAGAGGCUGUAAGGGAGAACACCUUUACGGCGAGGACAGUGGGCGAACUGCAGGAUGUACUGAAGAAUGAGAGGAUCAAGGAUGGGAAGGGGGUAAGGAUCGUGGAGGUCUUUAUGGAGAGGGAGGACGUGCAAGAGGGACCUUUGCUUUGGGUUUUGAACAAGCAGCUUGCGGAGGAAGAGGCGGCCAAAUCUGCUUAG